AUUGGGGGUUUCGAAUGGUGAACGAAUUUACAGAUUUAUCGGGGAGGAGUCCGCCGCUGGAAUGCACGAGAAACCGGAGCUAACGGACAAGCCAACCUGGAUCAUAGAUCCUAUCGAUGGAACUAUGAACUACGUGAAUUCGUUCCCGUACACUUGCAUCUCCGUCGGUCUGACGGUCUGCAAGGAAAUCGUAGUCGGAAUUAUAUACAAUCCGCUCAGCUCGGAACUGUACACAGCUGUUAAAGGAGAAGGGGCAUUUUUGAACGGGAAGCCUAUCAAAACUUCCAAUGUUACUGAGCUAAGAAAGGCGUUGGCUGAAAUUGAGGUGUUCUCGUUGAGAAUUCCAUCGAAAAAUCGGGACAUCCGAUGGAGCAGAUUCGAGGCCGUACUUUCGGCAACUCGAGGAAUAAGAUUUAUGGGAUCUUCUGCCCUGUCGCUGGCAUACGUGGCGAAAGGUGCGCUCGAUUGCAUGCAAGUGGACAAUCUUCAACCUUGGGACAUCGCGGCGGGAGUGUUGAUCGUACGUGAAGCUGGUGGCACGAUACUCGACACAAAAGGUGGCACAUACGAUUUAAUGAAACCGAAUACGAUCGCUGCUGCGAAUGGGACGCUGGCGACCGAAUUACAACAACUAAUCGUAGACACCGAUUUGAAAACGUUGCGGAAACGACUAACAAGGACCUGAUCUUGUAUUUUGUUAAAAUUCGUUGAAACCAUAGAGAAAUAAA